UUUGUGUUUUGUGCUAUGUUGUACCCGGCAACCGUCAAUGUGACAAAUGAGAAAAUUGUAAAUUUGUUGGACUUUUUUUUAAUAAAACUUUGAUAUGAACUAGUUCAUACUAUUCAAAUGUAAAAUAUCAAUAACUAAAGGGAGCAGAAUGGCAGGUCCAGAUGUAGCAGCUCUUGCAGCUGAUUUAGCCAGAGCAGUUGAACUGACAAUGAGCCCAGGAGCUUCUCAACAAGACCGUUUAAGAGCCUACCAAGCUUGUGAAAGCUUCAAGGAAACAUCACCACUGUGUGCAGAGGCAGGCUUAUAUCUUGCAGCUGGAACUCAACACUCACUCAUAUCAAGGCAUUUCGGAUUACAGCUCAUGGAGCACACUGUGAAGUAUCGUUGGACUCAAAUAUCACAGCAAGAGAAGAUAUUUAUCAAGGAAAAUGCCAUGAAAUUGCUAUCUGCUGGUGGCAUCAGUGAAGAGUCUCACAUGAAAGAUGCACUUAGCAGAGUUAUUGUGGAAAUGGUGAAGAGAGAGUGGCCUCAACAGUGGCCUAGUUUGCUGUCUGAGCUGUCUGAGGCUUGUUCCUGUGGAGAGGUGCAGACAGAGUUAGUUCUCUUGGUAUUUUUGAGGCUUGUUGAAGAUGUUGCCUUAUUACAGACACUGGAAUCUAACCAACGCCGCAAAGACAUCUACCAUGCUCUGACUGCCAAUAUGUCCAUCAUCUUCGAAUUUUUCCUCCGCCUGAUCGAGCUACACGUCAACCAAUUCAGAUCGUUCAGCGGUACCAACGUGACGAAAGCAAACUCCCACAGUCGUGUGGUGCAAGUAGUGUUGUUAACCUUGGCUGGUUUUGUGGAAUGGGUUUCCAUGACACAUGUUAUGGCUCAGAACGGCAGGUUGCUGCAGAUACUGUGCCUUUUAUUGAACGACAGGGCAUUCCAGAAUUCUGCCGCCGAGUGCUUGUCCCAGAUUGUAAAUCGUAAAGGAAAAUUGGAAGAAAGAAAACCUCUUCUAAUUCUUUUCAAUGCUGAAACAAUGCAGUGUAUUCUAGCAGCUGCAAAAACCCCUUGCAGUAUUGGUGAUGAACAGCAGUACUUGUUCAAUAAAAAAUUGAUUCAGGUUCUAGGCGGCCUAACGACUCAGCUGUGCACCUUAUGGGGCAAAGACAGCAUCUCUCGCCCCAACAACUUCAGCCUGUUCCUGGAAGCUAUUCUGGCAUACAGCAGCCAGGCUAGCUUAGUGCUGGCUCACUUGACGAAUCCGUUAUGGAACAGCAUGUUGAAAAAUGAGCACGUAGCGAGAGAUCCCGUUUUCCUAUCUUAUAUUCCCCAAUGGGUGCAGUGCACCGCGCCAAAGAUUGUCAAAUUCAAUUACCCGGCCGGUAAAGGUAACAGUGAUGUGAGUGAAGGCGCCCUCUAUGCGAAGAUUGAUUUCGAUAGCGAAGAGGAGUUUUCGGCGUUCUUUUAUAGGUGCCGUUCGGAUAUGUUGGAUUCUUUCAGGCAAGCAACAGUAGUUGCUCCUCUAGUAACCUUCAACUACGUGGAACAGUGGCUGUUGAAGUGCCUUCAAGUACCGAAUAGCGUAGUAGGUCUGACGACAUCGGAUCCUGUAUUCCAAGAGUGGGAGGCUGUAGCUAAUUUCCUGGAGAGCAUCCUCAGCAGAGUUCUACAAGCGGCUGAACGACCUUCCGUUGCUGCUGGAUUGAGACUGUUACAGGCGUGUCUGUCCUACAGACCUGCGGAUCCGCUUAUUUUGUCGACCUUGUUAACAUGCAUAUCAGCGUUAUUUGUGUUCCUGAGUAUGUCCACUGGUCAAAUGGCGCCAACAGUGAACUCAGUUGCGGCGUCUGGUGCUGCUCUCCUACCACAGGUGCUCGACAAAAUAUUCUCUACAUUAAUCUAUACACCAGAAGGUCAGUCGAUAAACUCAAGGUCUCGGGCAUUGAAAAAUGUCCGCCGCCAUGCUGCUUCACUGAUGGUGAAGAUAGGCAAUAAGUAUCCUUUGCUGUUGUUGCCAGUAUUCGACCAGAUCAAAGCAACAGUAGAAAGUUUAUCCAGAACUGAUGGUCCUGCGCAUUUAACUUGUUUAGAAAAAGUUACUCUUCAAGAGGCACUACUCCUGAUCUCUAAUCAUUUUGGAGACUAUGAUAGGCAAAGCAAUUUUGUUGGAGAAGUUCUAAGAGAAGCUAAUACUCUAUUUUUAGAUAUUGUUAAUUCAGGUGCUUUAAGGGGUGCUGUAGAAUUUAUUUCGUCUGUAGGGUUGGACAAACCUCCCGCUCCGGACAAUACUGAAGAUAUUUGCGGUCAGAAUCGAAGCAAUAUCUUUUUCUGUGUUAAUCUCUUCUUAGGAGUAAUAAAAAGAUGUUCUUGGCCAGACGAUCCCGAGAGAGCAACAAGAGGUGGUUUUGUGGUAUCACUAACUGAAUCCGGCAACCCGGUAUGUCGAAACCCUGCAGCUCCACACAUUGUUCCACUUCUGCCCCACAUUUUGUCUUUGAUACGGAUAUUCAAUGAACUGUUCACGGUGGAAGCGCAAAAUCUUAUCCAUGACAGCUAUAAAGGGUGCUUAGCAAUGCAGGAGACUGAGAAAAUGAAUCUAUUAGGUCUGAUUGGACAUGCUGUUUCUGAAUGUGAAACACAGGUGGUACAGAGUCGACUGGAAAGAAUGCAAAGGUUCCUGACAGGUUUACACGAGAGCUGUUACCAUAUGAUGGGAUCUGUGGGUCCUUCUUUAGGCAGAGAUUUGUACAGUAUUCCAGAAUUAUCAUUGGCCAUUAUCAAUAAUGUUCUCUCUUACUUACAAUAUAUCCCAGAUUAUAAAAUUAGACCAAUAGUAAGGGUGUACCUGAAACAGUUCAUCUACUCGUGCCCAGCACCAUACUACGAGGCUGUGGUUCUACCUAUAAUGGCUCAUAUCUCUCCUAUAAUUCUUUCAAGACUGCACGCGAAAUGGCAACAAGUGAUCGAAUUCCGCAACCGCGAAGCGCAAGAGGACAACGGCGACGCGCAAGAAGUACUUGAAGACAUCCUUACGCGCGCGUUGACGCGCGAAUAUCUAGAUCUUCUGAAGGUAGCACUGGUGGGAGGCAGCCUGACGGCAGAUGCCGGAGGUGAAUCCAUGGAGACCGAGGAGCACAGUAUGGACUCUCCCACGCCGCCUCCCACCAGGUCCAAUAUCACAACAGAGGUCAUUUCUGAUUUAGGUUUGAUACUGUUGCGCAGCGACAAGACGUGUCAUUCGAUUGUGUUGACGGUGCUUGGAGCCUUGGCGUGGAUCGAUAGUAACGCGUCGUUGAAGGUUACGCUUCUUAUUGCCCCAAUAGUCCGGCAACUGGCAUCUGACAAAUCCCUAAACGGCGAAAUGGCUGCUCACAUAAUGGCAGCCAUCUUGAACGCGCUAACUCUCCACGGUCAGCACGAAGCCAACCAGGGUUCUCUGAUGACAUUGGGUGCUCAGGUGUACGAACUUCUACGACCAUCAUUUCUGGAGGUCCUCUCCGUUAUGCAACAGAUACCGGGAGUGAAUCCGGUGGACCUCCAGAAGUUGGACGAAAGGAUUUCUGGCAGUACCAGCAAGGGAAACAAGGUGGAGAAGGUCAAAAAGGACUUGUUCAAGAAGCUAACUGGUAAUCUGAUUGGCAGGAGCAUGGGCCAGCUGUUCAAGAAAGAAGUGAAGAUCCAAGAUCUGCCUCGAAUUGCCAUACCAAAAAAAGUUGAACAGAAAGAUAGCAUGAUUCCAAAUCUGCAGAAUAUCUUCAGUUAGUGGCUUAUCGUAUUAAUAGCUGUUUAUAUUAAUAUUAUUGUGAAAUGUUGAACAUUCCUUGUUCAAUACAUAUGACUGGUAAAGAACUCAAUGCAUUACAAAUAACUUCGAUUUGCAUUAUUUUGUAAAUAAUUGUAAUUUUUAUUUAUAAUUUUUUUCUUUUGGUCGCAUUAAAGCAUGAUUGAUUUUCUGGAAA